GAAAAACCUGUCUCCCCGCACCUCCGUAACAGUGUCGGCCCAGCUGUGGCUCCGGCCGUGUCCCGGCGGCUCCGUCCCACUCGCGGGCGCAGAUGAGUAAUGCUACACGUGCCUUGCCCUCUCCUACCAUGCCUGGCACCCUGGGGCCCAGCACGGUGGCCAGGCUGUCCUCAGCCCUGCCAUCCCCAGCCCUUGCCCUGCUCACAGCUGCCCACAACGACUCCCAGGACAGCCAGCAGCUUUUCCUGACCACAACAGCAGCACAGGUCAUCUCUGGCAUCUUUGUGUGGUCAGCACUCAUCGUCACCUUCCACCAGAUCUACAUGCACCUGAGGAAUUACAGCGUGCCCAAGGAGCAGCGCUACAUCAUCCGCAUCCUCUUCAUCGUGCCCGUCUAUGCCUUUGACUCCUGGCUCAGCCUCCUCCUACUCGGCAGCCACCACUACUUCGACUCGGUGCGUGACUGCUAUGAAGCUUUUGUGAUUUACAGCUUCCUGAGCCUGUGCUUCGAGUACCUGGGAGGGGAGAGCACCAUCAUGACAGAGAUCCGAGGGAAGCCCAUUGCGUCCAGCUGCUUUUAUGGGACCUGUUGCCUUCAGGGCAUGUCCUACUCCAUCGGGUUCCUGCGCUUCUGCAAGCAGGCUACGCUGCAGUUCUGCAUCGUGAAACCUCUCAUGGCGAUCGUCACCAUCAUCCUGCAGGCGUUUGGGAAGUACCACGAUGGGGACUUCAAUGUCCGCAGCGGAUACCUCUAUAUCACCAUCAUCUACAACUUCUCUGUCAGCCUGGCACUUUAUGCCCUCUUCCUCUUCUACUUUGCCACCAUGGACCUGCUGCGCCCGUUUAAGCCGGUCCUCAAGUUCCUCACCAUCAAGGCAGUCAUCUUCCUCUCCUUCUGGCAAGGGACUCUGCUGGCAGUCCUGGAGAAAUGUGGGGUGAUCCCUGAAGUUCAGAUCAUUGACGGGAAGGAGGUGGGUGCUGGGACAGUGGCUGCUGGCUACCAGAACUUCAUUAUCUGCAUAGAGAUGUUCUUUGCUUCCAUUGCCCUGCGCUACGCAUUCACCUGUCAGGUGUACAGAGAGAAGAAAGAAAACUCAACAGCCAACCUUGCCCCGAUGCAGAGCAUCUCAAGCGGGCUGAAGGAGACCAUAAGCCCCCAGGACAUCGUGCAGGAUGCAAUUCACAACUUCUCGCCCACCUACCAGCAGUACACCCAGCAGUCCAUGCAAGAGGCAGAAUGCAAGGCGCCGGGGCAGAACGGGCACGUGGCCUCCAAGUCAGAUGGACUGAGCAGCAGGAAGAGCAAAAACAUUGAGAAGAGAGUGCUGAUCCUGUCGGAUGAGGAGCUGUAGGAGACAUGGGAAGGGACAGUGACACCACCAGAGAGGUUUAACCCCGUGCAAAUGGGAGCUGUCACAAGCCUGAGACACCCUGGUAGUACCAAGAAGCCAGGAACUCUACACAAAAAGACAGCCUCUCGAGGGGAAGAUGCAAGAACUCAAGGAAAGGUUAAACCAAAUAGUGCCAGCUUCUGCUGUCCCAUCUCCACUGGUGUUAAGGAUGGGGCUGGCUUUGCUCCUGCCACUGAGCAGCCCUGUUCUGCACUCUGGGCUUCGCUGUCCCACCACUGGUGUCUUGAUGCUGCCUCCCUAUCCACACUGGGGGAUGCCAGGCAGGGAGGGGAGCCAGGCUGCAGGACAGACCAGCCACCCUCACCCUCCUCUUACCUCCAAGCAGUGCUGAAGCCUGAAAGAAAUGCUUUUCUCAGCAUGGUACUGCUCUAGUUUCUCCCAGUUUGGGUAAAAAAAUGAUCUCCAAGGGCCCCUUGGAGAAAAGCAGCCCAGGAAGGUGACUUCACUUCACCUCAAAACCCGGUAACGGGUCAAAGACGUCAUUCCUUAUUUUUACAUCUUUUCCCCUCUCCUUCUCCCAAAAAAGCCUACCGAGUUGUGCCGAAGACCUUUACCAGGGAGGAAGAGUAAGUCAUCCUCUUCUCCCUCCAGAUGCGGAUGCAGCUGUGUGAGUGACUCCCCGGGGAGCCGCAGCGGACCUCACUCAGGGGUAACCCGCGGGCUCUAAAGCCCUCUGCAGCUGCAUUUCUGAGAGCAGCAGCAACAGAAGCACUUGUUUAUGUCUAAACUGACUUAUCUCUGAAUAGAUCAGAAGUUAAAAGGGAUUCCAGCUUCCUUAUCAGAGUCUUUAUUAGGGAACCAGACCGUGACUGAUGGUGGUAGGAAUGCGCUUACUGGGAACUGUGUGUCCCUCCUAACCCUCCCGUUACUUACCACCCUGGGCUUUGCCCCACCUGUGGAAAGGCAGGAACCUGCAUUGAGGCUUCUCCCCAGAUCAGUGAUGGAGAGCAUGCAUCCUUCUGUUAAACUUCCUCUCUUUUUUCCCCCCAAGUUUUAGUCCAAUUUCUAUUCCCUUGUUGAUCAGAUGAUCCCUGGGAACUCCCUCAGGCUCUGGCCAGGCUGUUGCCUGGAGGUGGGAGCUGGGGGGGGGGGUGAAAGGAUGAGGGCAAGCCUACAGGCUCAGAUUUGCUGUUGCAUGGCAAACAAACGGCUGGGUGAGGCUCAGAGCCUUCUCACACACAGCUCCUAGCGUUUGGUUUGUCUUCCCCUGCUCUUAAGCUGCAAAAUGUAAAUCACAACAACAAGUUAUUUUAUUUAUGAUUUCUUUUUCUAAUAAACAGCAAUUUCUACCGUGAA